CCGCGCUCCACCACCUCCAUUCACGACUCGACUUCUUCUCCCCCGUCCUUCUUCAGUCCCUCCCUCUCUUAGCCCGCUCUCUCUUUGUCACGCUCUAAUCAGAUGGCAACUCAGGGCCAAGUUAUCACCUGCAAAGCCGCGGUGGCGUGGGAACCUAACAAGCCGCUGGUGAUCGAGGACGUCCAGGUUGCCCCGCCGCAGGCCGGUGAGGUCCGCGUCAAGAUUCUCUUCACUGCUCUCUGUCACACUGAUGCCUACACUUGGAGCGGCAAGAUUCUCAACCACUCCCCCUUGUAGGAUCCUGAAGGCCUCUUCCCUUGCAUUCUUGGUCACGAGGCUGCUGGGAUUGUGGAGAGUGUUGGGGAAGGUGUAACUGAGGUGCAACCAGGUGAUCAUGUCAUUCCUUGUUACCAAGCUGAAUGCAAAGAGUGCAAAUUUUGCAAGUCUGGAAAGACAAAUUUAUGUGGCAAGGUCCGCUCUGCUACCGGUGUUGGGGUUAUGAUGAAUGAUCGUAAAAGCCGUUUCUCAGUUAAUGGGAAACCCAUAUACCAUUUCAUGGGGACUUCUACAUUCAGUCAAUAUACUGUUGUGCAUGAUGUGAGUGUUGCGAAGAUCGACCCAAUAGCUCCACUCAACAAAGUAUGCCUUCUGGGCUGUGGUGUUCCCACUGGUCUCGGAGCUGUUUGGAACACAGCUAAAGUAGAAGCUGGGUCAAUUGUUGCUAUUUUUGGCCUCGGUACUGUUGGCCUUGCAGUUGCAGAGGGGGCAAAAGCAGCUGGUGCUUCGCGCAUUAUUGGCAUAGAUAUUGAUCCUAAAAAGUUUGAUACAGCGAAGAAUUUUGGGGUUACAGAAUUUGUGAAUCCGAAGGACCACGAGAAGCCGAUUCAGCAGGUCCUUGUUGAUCUUACUGAUGGUGGUGUGGAUUAUAGUUUUGAGUGCAUUGGGAAUGUUUCUGUAAUGAGGGCUGCUUUAGAGUGCUGUCACAAGGGCUGGGGAACCUCGGUCAUAGUGGGCGUGGCUGCUUCAGGUCAGGAGAUAUCAACUCGUCCUUUCCAGUUAGUGACAGGCCGGGUCUGGAAGGGAACUGCUUUUGGUGGUUUCAAGAGCCGUUCACAAGUGCCUUGGCUUGUGGAAAAAUACUUGAAAAAGGAAAUCAAGGUGGAUGAGUACAUCACACAUAAUUUGACUUUGGCGGAGAUCAACAGAGCAUUUGAUCUGAUGCAUGAAGGAGGCUGUCUUCGGUGUGUGCUGGACUGCCAAGUCUAGGGAUUAUCUACGGAGGGAGGGAGGGGAUGCCAUUGUGAGGACAUGCCGAUGGAUUUUUAUUUAAUGUCAAACAUGAAAAAGCAAUGCCCAAAGAUAUAUGUUAGUCAAGUUAAUUUUUUAUGGGAUAUGAUAGUUAAUAACGCCCUAGCUGUGCUCUCUUAAGUUUGUCGGUGUAUAUUAUUGCACUUGGUUUAUUGUGUGGUAUAACUCGAUUAGUAGUAGAAUGACAAUUUUGAUUUUACUUGGCCUGUUUUGGGUGGGUCCGAUCUAUCCCGUAAGCGGGGCGGACAUGGGUACCUCUGUACAUGGGUG